AUGGAUCCUAAUUACUACGCUCAAUCUCAGCAGCAAUAUGGCUACGCAUCAGCUGAUGUCAAUCCAUACUAUCAACCGUACGCUGGUCCUUCAUACCCCAUUCCUGGCACAUCUUCAGCUCAUUCUGCACCGGUACCCGCCAAUGCUUAUGAAUACGACGUCGGAAUACUUGCCCAGCAGAGUGUCUACGUCCCAGGCGCCAUGAUUGACAAACGUGGUGGAGCAGGGGGCAAAGUGGCAAAGGGGGGCAAACGGACGACAGUCUUGCGCAAAGGCGGAGGAAAGGUCUGGGAGGAUCAGACUCUUCUUGAAUGGAACCCUUCGUGGUUUCGGCUCUUCGUCGGUGAUCUCAGCAACGAUGUUUCGGAUGAUGUCCUUGCCAAUGCUUUUAACAAGUACACUUCCUUCACCAAAGCCCGGGUUAUUCGUGAUAGACUCAGCCAAAAGGCAAAGUAUGGGUUUGUCGCAUUCUCGGACCCUGAGGACUUCUUGAAGGCCUGGAAGGAGAUGGACGGCAAGUAUGUUGGCAACCGACCCGUCAAGCUCAAGAAAGCCGACGACAAUGCGAUCCGCCCCGUUGAGAUUGGACAUCGCAAGGCGAAGCAACUUGAACAAGCUUUGAAGAAGAACAGGCAUAAGCCUUAUUAA